CUGAUAUGUUAUUUACAGAUAAAUAAGCAAAAGUGAAAGAUAUUUUGAAAAUAGUUUUUUUAUACAUAAAUUAUAAAAUUUGCAUCUGAAAUAAAUGAACUAAACACAAAAAUAUCUUAUGCGGCUUUUACGAUAUUCAAUCCCUCAUUUAUUAAAGAGAUCAGGCGAGAUUAUAAGUCAACAACGUGUUUUACAUACAGAAGGUGGUAUGGCCUGUAGCCGCUUUGAAUAUGUUAAAAACUACGAACAAGACGAUAGCAUUUUACCGAAUGUGUGGAUAGUGAUACGUUUAGAUGGCAAGGGAUUCCAUAAAUUUUCCAAAGCACACGAUUUUGCUAAACCUAACGAUGCCAAUGCGCUUAAUUUGAUGAACAUCGCCGCGGUAACGGUAAUGGAAGAAUUCCGCGAUGUAAUACUAGCUUAUGGUCAAAGUGAUGAAUAUUCAUUUAUAUUCCGAAAGGAAACUAACGUUUUUAAUCGACGAGCAGCAAAACUUCUCACAUACGUAACCAGUUUAUUCACUUCUGCCUACGUAUUUAACUGGAAUCAUUGGAUGCACAACAAAACUUUACAAUAUCCUCCAUGCUUCGAUGGUCGAGUUGUAUUAUAUCCAUCAGAUCAAAAUUUACGCGACUAUCUCAGCUGGCGACAAGCUGACGUACACAUAAAUAACUUAUACAAUACCGCCUUUUGGAAUUUAGUAUUACAAUCAGGACUAAGUAAUCAAGAAGCUGAAGCUGAGCUUCGUGGUACAUUCUCUGCGGAUAAAAACGAAUUGCUUUUUACUAAAUUUGGCAUCAAUUAUAACAAGCUUCCCCCCAUGUUUCGCAAAGGUACUAUACUAUUGAGGAAGCGUGUGAAAAUCAGCGACCAUGAUGGUUUAAAUAGACAGCUAAUUGUACCCGUGCACGAUGAUAUGAUACGUGCAACAUUUUGGAAAGAUCAUACCGAGUUGUUAGGCAAGUAUAAGCCUGGCGACUAUGAAUCUACCUUUGAUGGAUUAUCGCCAAUACUAAAAACACAAAUAGAAAAACUUAGCUCCGGAGAUGAAAAGCCACAAAAUGUAGAAUGUUCAAGUUAGCACAAUAUUUUUACAAAAAUUAUAUCUAAUUAUAGAAAUAAGUAAAACUUUUUAUUAUUAUUUAAUAAAAC